GCAUGGUGGACAACUGUUGCUCCAAAGACUACCCGAAACCAUACGCAGAGGAGACUGUGUAUGUUUCGGACGGCGGUUACCCAAAGUACCGACGACCGAACGACGGUCAAGUGGUUCUUUUGAGAAAUCACGAGGUCGGCAACGAGUACGUAGUUCCUCACAACCCUUACCUCCUGGCAAAGUACGACGCACACAUCAAUGUCGAGGUGUGCUCUUCCAUAAAGAGCGUCAUGUACAUCUACAAGGGACAUGACUGUGUGAUGCUGGAGGUUUUUGACCAGGAUGAACUAGCCAAUUUCGUAAACACAAGAUACGUCAGCCCGCCAGAAGGCAUCUGGCGGCUGUUUUCGUACGAAUUGCACAAGAGAAGUCACACGAUCGUCAGACUUCCUGUCCACCUAGAAGGUCGACAAAACGUCUACUUUGCGCCGGGACAAGCGCAAGAGCGGUUGCAAAACGAAGCUCUACAUCGUACGAGGCUAACUGAGUUCUUCGCGCUCAACAUAAACGACGUGGAAGCUCGACAAUACCUGUACACCGAUAUACCGACGCAUUACACGUGGAACGCGGCUCAGCGGACGUGGGCGCGGCGCCGGAGAAUGAUGGCAAACGAGACGUUGGCUCGGAUGUACAUCGUCAACCCGCUGGAUCGGGACCGUUUCCACUUGCGACUGCUACUACUGAACCGAAGAGGUCCGCAGUCCUUCCAAGACAUAAGGACGGUGGACGGGGUCGUUCACGGAACGUACACCGCGGCGACAGUCGCACUCGGGUUAUUGGAAGACGACCGAGCGUGGCGGGCCUGUCUGACGGAAUCGGCGGCGUUGGACACACCGCGGCAACUGCGAUAUCUGUUCGUCACGAUACUGGUGUUCUGCGAGCCGUCAAACCCGCUGGCGUUGUACGAGGCGAACGAAGCAAACCUGAUGGAGGAUUUCAAUAGGCGCCUCCAAGACGUCGACCGCGCGAGGGCCGCGUGUCUGAACGCCAUCGGGGAUCUACUUCGUGCGCACGGAAAGUCGCUGGGCGACUACGGUUUGCCCCUGCCCGACCCCCUAAUGCUGGAACCGGAACAGAACGACAGACUGUUCCAAGCAAUAGACGCGGCGGCACGGUGGGCACAACAGUUGGACGACAUGAACGCCGAACAGCGAAUGGUGUUCGACCGCGUAAUGGCGGCCGUCGACGACGGCCUAGAAGCAGCGAAGACUUUCUACGUCGACGGACCUGGCGGCACCGGAAAAACGACUCUGUACGGAUGCCUCAUUUGGUCGCUCCGCAGUAGUGGCCCGUCGGUGUUAAGGUCUAUUUCCACAUGUCCGUUACGGGUACGGGACGGCAAAAAUAAAAAUGAUCGUUGA